AUGGACGCAUCCAACUCCAACGGCUCUUCACAUCGCCGCAAACUUACCAAAAAACCUCCCGUGAAUCUUCAUUCUUACAACGUCAAUGCAGAGGGCCGCUUUGACGCCCAUGGAAGCGCGCUGCACAGCAAACGGAGCUCCACGAGUCUGAGGCGUGCACCAAGCGCACCGUCGCAGCGACAGAGGGCCACGCCCACUCAUUCUCUCAGCGCGUCAAACCACUCAUCGCCCCGACACCUUCCUACCACUGUCAAGUCCACCAGCAGCAAUCAGCCCUCGCCCAUCCUUGCGACUGGCGAAUUUCUGCCAUCGACCUUUUCACCAAACCACCAGGCCGCAUCGCACAAUUAUCCACCAUCGCCCGUCGUCGGUCCUGGCGAGGUUUAUGCUGCGACUGGCAAUUACGCUCUCGGCAGCAAUAGUGGUACGACGGGCGUUGCCAAAACGCGAGACCACCACCGUUUGUCUGAUCCGCAUCAGCGACAUCGAUCACUAAACUCCAAGACAUUCGAUGACCUGGUCGGCGCACCCUUUGACGGCACCUCGAUUCUGAACCACCUCGAGGCUACAAAGUCGCAAGGUUACCAGAAUCAAUUCUCUCCUCGCCGACCGGCACCUCCCCCGCUUGCGCACGCCCAAACCAGUCCCGUCAUAAGCCAAUCCACCAGCUCUACCAGCAUCUCUGCAGAAUCACCAGCCGUCAUGUCGCUCGCUGAAAAGGCGCAGCAGGCUGCUCAGGGCCAGGCCGGCGGCCCCAAGAGAUAUUCGGAUGAGACAAAAGAGCCCAAGGCGCCCGGUGUCUUGAGGAAAAAGUCAGGUUUCUCAGGCUUAAUGAGCACCCUAGUGGGGUCACCCAAGAAGCCCGUCAUAUCUGCCCCAGAGAACCCCGUACAUGUUACGCAUGUUGGUUACGAUAGCUCAACUGGGCAGUUCACAGGCCUGCCAAAAGAAUGGCAACGACUAAUCGAGCAGAGUGGCAUUCCCGAAAAUGCUCGAAGGGAGAACCCCCAGAUGAUUGCGGAUAUUGUGACUUUCUACAAAGAAACCACCGAGAAGCCACACGAAGAUCAGGUAUUUGAAAAGUUUCAUGAUGCCAAAGCUCCAGAGCUGCGCACCCCUGGAGGAGGAAUGUCGCCCGGCGUCUACGCUCCAAACUAUGCCGGUAUGUCACCUAUGAUCAGUCCACCAGCAAGUCCCAGGUUUCCAAUAGUGAAUAAUGAAGGCACCUUCGAGAACCCCCGCGCCGCCCCGCCGGUCCCUGGCAUUGGAAAAGGCCCCGGCUCGAUGCCAAUCAAGGACGUGAACAUGUUACCGAGCCGACCGGCACCGAGGCCCCCGACAAAUCUUCCCGCGAGGACAGCGCCGCCACCGCCAUCUGCAUAUCCUGCCAAGGACUCCGGGAUUGGUAUGGCCCAAGGUGGUGACGACCUCCCACCCACCACGUACGUUCCGCCCAAGGAAAAUGUGUCGAUGCUUCCCGAAGAGCACCGGUCGAGGUCGAGAUCGAACUCACGCGUGAACGGAAACGCACCCUACACACCUAGCAGCACCCAGCCUUCACCCGUGGUCCAGCAGGCAUACCAACAACAGAUGAUGGAGCAUCAACAGCAACAAGCAAUGGCACAGGCACAAGCAGCCAUGAAAGGUCAACUGAGUCGGUCGACAAGCUACAAGCAGCCACCGAACCAGCAAAUGGCACCGUCUUCCCAGAACCAAUAUGGUAGACCCCCCGAAGCUAAUGGUGCAGGUCCAAGACAGCCCCCUCAAGCAGGCCCCGGUCCUCAAGCACGACCACGCCACCGCGCCCGCCAGAGCAAUGCCAUAGAUGUUACUGCGGCACUUCGACGUAUCUGCUCUGAAGGCGACCCGAAGGAGAUCUAUCGAGGCUUCACCAAGAUUGGACAGGGUGCUUCUGGUGGUGUCUACACCGGUCAUGAAAGAGGAUCCAACCGACUUGUGGCUAUCAAGCAGAUGAACCUCGAGCAGCAGCCGAAGAAGGAUCUCAUCAUCAAUGAGAUCCUGGUUAUGAAGGACAGCGUUCAUCCCAACAUUGUCAACUUCAUUGACAGCUACCUAUGCACCGGUGAGCUUUGGGUAAUCAUGGAGUACAUGGAGGGUGGCAGUCUGACAGACGUUGUCACUUUCAACAUCAUGACCGAAGGACAGAUAGCAUCGGUCUGUAGGGAAACUCUGAAAGGACUCCAGCACUUGCACUCGAAAGGUGUUAUUCACCGAGAUAUCAAGUCUGAUAACAUUCUGCUCUCGCUGGAUGGCAAUAUCAAGCUUACCGAUUUCGGAUUCUGUGCGCAGAUUAACGAGUCGCAUAACAAGCGUACUACCAUGGUCGGCACACCCUACUGGAUGGCCCCGGAAGUUGUCACACGAAAGGAAUACGGUCGCAAAGUUGAUAUCUGGUCUCUUGGUAUCAUGGCAAUCGAGAUGAUUGAGGGCGAGCCACCAUAUCUGACAGAGUCACCCCUCCGUGCUCUGUGGCUCAUCGCUACCAACGGUACGCCUCAGAUCAAGGAUGAACAGAAUUUGUCUCCGGUCUUUAGGGACUUUCUCUACUUUGCUCUCAAGGUGGAUCCGGAGAAGAGAGCCAGUGCCCACGACCUGCUUCGACACGAAUUCAUGAAGACAUGUGUCGAUCUCGCGUCCUUGUCUCCGCUUGUUCGUGCCGCACGAGAAGCGCGACAACAAGAGAAGGCCCGCAAGGGUCAAUAA